CCGCAGCUGCCCUGUUGUGAUUGGUUGAGACACUCCAAACCGGGAUAUUUUGAAAACAGGGUGGCUGCUGCUAGUUUUGUGACUGUUUUCCGAAGAGACGUUAGUGGCUUUUAGCCUAAACGUGCAGAAGAAAAGAUUUUACAAGUUCUUUAUGGAGCAGGAUUCGUGGGAUGCUGCGUGUCCGGGGAACGACGCGUCAGACGUGGUCGUGGUUAAUCUGGACUUUGGUAACGGAGACACGGACAACGGCCCGGCCGAUAAAGGCUACGGCGGGGCGGAUAUAAGUCGAGCCUUGUUUAAAAACGAGGAGGAGAAGAAAGAUGAAGAUGGCAGUGAUGACGACAGUGGAACAUACUACUAUAACACUGAAGCGUCGGGGACUGGGCUGCAGAGACGUGAGCCACCUUCAGGAGGAAGUUCAAGUCUUCCUGACACGUUCCAGACCAGCCACCUGUUGUUCUACGAGAGGUUCAAGGCCUACCAGGACUACAUGCUCGGAGACUGUAAGCCUUCAGAGGUGAAGGACUUCACAGCAGACUACCUGGAGAAGACGGUGGAGCCAUGUGACUGGUUGGCUCUUUGGUCUACUGAUAUCUUUGAUGUUCUGGUGGAGGUGCGAGACGUGGAAGUGAAGGACCUGAAGGCACGUGUGAGGCUGGUGCUGCCUCUGCAGUGUGAUACCAGAGGCGUUGAGCUCCAUGAAGAGGCCAUGACGUCUCUCCUGGAGGCCACUCAGCACAAAGUGCCCCUGCAGGAGCUGCAGGUGGUCUACGAGGAGUCUGGGGACAUUGAUCAGACUGCCCUUGCCCUUGAGCAUGUAAGGUUUUUCUAUAAACACAUCUGGAGGGAGUGGGAUGAGGAAGAGGAGGAUGAUGACUUUGACUACUUUGUCCGCUGUGUGGAACCCCGGAUACGACUCUACUACGACAUGUUGGAGGACAGAGUCCCAGCAGGCCUGGUGGCAGAGUACCAGUCCUUACUGGAGAAGUGUUCCAAGUGCUUCCAGCAGUUCUCCGCGUUGCGCAGUGGCCUCAAUGCCGACUCGGACUCGGAGCUCGACAACGUGUCCAUGGUAGAGGGCCUGAAGCUCUGUGACCAGCUGGAGACCUUCAAACGCAAGCUGCGCAUCAUUGAGAACCCCCUGCUGAGAUACGUGCUGGCCUAUAAAGGAAAUACGAGGCAGCAGUGUGUGCAGAGCAGAGGACCUCGAGCUUCAGGUGCAAAGGUGGUUCAUGUGGUUACAGCAUCCUGCAGCACCGUCCAGCUGCAGUCCCUGCUUAGUGCCAGACUCAUUCCUCUAUGCUCAUCUGAAGACACUGAAAUUCAGUUCCACAGAGAGCCGGUAUCAGCUGUGGAUUCGUGCUAUCAGGGCGACUUGGUGAUUGUUCUCCCAGGAAUGUACAGUGUCAGCAGCUCCAUCUUCAUACCAGACUCCAUCACCAUAGAAG